CUUCGAACUUUCCAACCAGCCACCACACACAUAACUGACGCUUUGUUCGCAGCGGUAAUGACUCUCAAUCUGUUUUUUGCAUAUCGUCAGAUCCCACAACCACUCACUUCCAUCACCCGAGCGAGCAAAACAUGGCGCCCUUGAAACUUUACAAACAACUGGGAGACAACGAAAUCAGGAUUGCGGAGAUCAAAUCGACUUCUAAUGAAGCCGACGACGUCCAUUGCCACCUGCUCCAUGUUUCACGAGAUGAACCAGGAGGCUAUCAAGCUCUAUCAUACGCAUGGGGACCUCCUCAGGAGCGGGGUAUAGGUCAGAUCUACCUCGAAGGAACGCCUCAUGCUGUAACCAGAACGAUGGAGAUAGCUCUUCGGAAGCUUCGUCGGAAAGACGGCCAACCCCCCUUGAUGAUUUGGAUCGAUGCCCUUUGCAUCAACCAAGAGGACGACGACGAGAAGUGCGAGCAGGUGGAAAAGAUGAGGACCAUCUACCAACAAGCAACAGAAGUUUCAAUCUGGCUUGGCCCAGAAGAUUGGUCCAUACAGAGCAGCCUUGCUUGGCAGCUUAUACGAGAUCUUUACAAUUGUCCCCGAGAUGUUGACGCUCUUUCAAACAUCAUCCAGCCGUCCCGAAAGACUGAAUUUGAUGCCCUCGUGCGCUUCUUCCGCAGAGAUUACUUCUGGCGGAUAUGGGUCGUACAAGAAGUGGCUUGUGCAGCGAAGGCCACGGUAUAUUUUGGCUCUGAUUCCAUCCCUUGGUCCGGCCUGGUCGAAGUGUGCGAUAAACUUUCGGAUGCAAGAGCAUUUCUGAGGCGUGCUAUCUACCACGACAAGCCCGCUUCGUUGUUCAGUCUCAUGACUGGCGGUCCCAAGAACCUUGUACUCUCAAAGGGAGUGACAUCGCCAUUCUCCGAGACCACUGCUCCUUCACUUUUGGACUUGCUAUCUACACAUCUGAGUAAGGGAUCAUCUCUUCAACACGACAAAGUUUACGGGAUCGUCGGCGUUUCUGCCGACAGAGACUCCUUUGGGAAGAUAGAUUAUGGCCGCUCAGUGCGCGCUACCUAUAUCCAUACCGCGAGGCACAUCAUUUCUACGACUGGAAGACUCGAUGUUAUUUGCAUGCAACAGAACGAUGACAAUGUUCACGAUUUGCCGUCGUGGGUUGCAGACUGGGAACGGAGGAAUCUCUUUCCAAAACAUCGAGUUGUGAGUCUUCGGUAUCGUACUCCAGGAUUCACAGCCUCAGGGUCUUCCAUUUCAAGAGUCUCGUUUUCCCAUAACGACGAGGUUCUAACAGCGGCCGGCUUCGUGGUUGAUACAAUCAAGAUUGUCUCUCAGCCCCUCUACGUACACGGUCUCGAAAACGAGGUCCUCCCAACACUCGAGAAAUUCAGUGAUUGGUGGAACGUUUUCGUCAACAAUGUUGGAUCAUCAGACGAGGAUCUCGCCGUCUUUCAAAGAACGUUCUGUGGUGGAUCAUGGGCUCCGUCAUACUCGGAAGGCGAGUUCAAGGAGGAUCAAACGCAUCGCUUGACGCUCUUCUUUGGUCUCAUGCAACGGUUGCUUCCGCAUCUCAUACCAGAAGGUUCUCCUAUUUCUUUAACAAUGCCCGCAAACGCGGCUGCGGAUGAGAUGAUCGAGAGAUGCGAACGUGCAAUGGUCUCUUCUGCGGCAUUGCGAAUGCAUGCCAAACGUCUGGUUAUCUCUGACGAAAAGCUCGCUGGCCUUGCUCCACAGCUGGCAGAAGUAGGCGACAAGAUUGUUGUACUUCUGGGGUGCAAUUUCCCUGUUGUUUUAAGGGAGGUGGAUUGCCGUUGUGAGUUCAUCGGCGAGGUAUAUUUGGAUGGCAUUAUGCACGGAGAAGCAAUGGAGGGUCUCAAGUCUGGGAAGUACAAAGAACAAAAUUUUGAGAUUCAUUAGGGUUUCCCAUGAGCAACAUACAAAACGG